GUCGUUGGUUUUCCUGGCUGAUUCAGGACAAUUCAGAUAAUCCAUUUCAUGCUAUAUCUAUGGGCGUAGCCAGGAUUUUUUCGGGGGGGGGGGAUAUAUAUAUAUAUAUCCAAAACUUUUCAAAUAAUACCGGACAUCUAUUGUUAAAAUUCUAACGGAAGAUCUAGAAAUGGAUUUAGAUGAUGUAGUUUGAUAUUGUGACAGAAAUCUAUUCCAAGCCAUGUAUAAUGUUAAAACCUCACAACAGAAAAGAGCUAUUUCCUUUCAUGUAGCGGUCAGCAAGACUGAAGUUGUUUGUAAAAUCUAAAUGAGUAGAAAGUAGAAAAUAUUAGAUUAUAUUAAUUUAUCAUGCUGUCAAGAACUACCAUAGGGAUUGCGGCCGCAAGUGCAGGAAUUUGUUUUAUUGGUUAUUGUUUUUAUUAUGAUAGGAAACGUCGUAGUGAUCCCGACUUCAAGAAAAAAUUAAGAGAAAGAAGAAAAUUAGCAAAAGAAGAAAAGGCUAGAGGUGGAGUUACUAGGUUACCUGACUUAACAAAUCCUGAAGCGAUGCAAAGAUUUUUCUUACAAGAGGUACAGAUUGGAGAGGAGAAACUUGCAAGUGGGGAUAUCGAGGAAGGUGUUGAGCACCUGAGCAAUGCUGUGGCUGUAUGUGGCCAGCCACAACACUUGCUCCAAGUUCUACAGCAGACUCUACCACCUCAGGUGUUUACUUUGCUAGUACAGAAGUUACCUUCUGUUGGAGCGAGGUUGGCAAUGGCUGGUGCAGGAGGUGCAGCUGGUCAAGGACUAACAGAGUCUACCGGUAUGGUGAUUGAUGAAGUGGUGGACUAAAUGUUUUGUGAUGAAGUCAAGUGACUUUGUGAUGAAAGAAAGAACAAAAUGAAAGCCAUGCAACUCUUUAAAAUAACAUCAUGUGUACAGGAAGAGGGACAAGGACUGGUGGUAUCCACUGGCCACAUAAAGUCUUCUUUCGCUAACUUUUUUUUUUCAGUAUUAUUGAUUCCUCAGAAGUUGAUCAACCAGCAAAAAAAAACAACAUCACUUAAAUGCUUAUUUUGUUUUAUCCUCUUUAACAUCAAAGAAGUUAUCUGCUCUUGGGUGUAUUUUGUUCUUAUGUUUAUCUGAAGGUGUGAAACUGUGUGGACCAUGUUAGUUGUAUUAUAUAUCAUUAAAUCAUUGUUAUUUUCUCACCAAC